GCUGGAGAAUGCUAUAUAGAGAACGCAGCGGCAGCGAUCCGUCAUCGAUAUUGGGGUUGGUAGAGAGAGAGGAAGAGCGGAGGAGGAGAUCAGAUGAAGAGAUCUGUCUUUUCUUUCUCGUUUUCGCUUCUGCUCCUCCUUUCAGGUCCGGAUCUGCAAACCCUCAGUGUUGGAAUUGGAAUCAACUACGGGCAAAUAGCCAACAAUCUUCCUUCUCCCUUCCAAGUUGCACACCUCGUCGAAUCCCUGAGCAUCAACAAGGUGAAACUCUACGAUGCUGAUCCAAAUGUCCUGCGCGCAUUCUCCAAUUCCAAUGUUGAAUUCAUUGUUGGAGUCGGCAAUGAAUACCUUCCAAACAUGACAGAUGGUAACAAAGCCCUGGCCUGGCUCAAAGAACACAUCCAGCCUUACCUUCCCCAAACCAGAAUCACCUGCAUCACUGUCGGAAACGAGAUCUUAUCUGGUAAUGACACCUCUCUAAUGACCUAUCUCCUUCCUGCAAUGCAAGCCAUGCAUGAGGCACUCGUAUCCCUUGGAUUGGACGACCAAGUGAAUAUAUCCACCGCGCAUUCCCUCGCCAUCUUAGCUAACUCCUACCCUCCUUCCUCUGGGUCUUUCCGUCCUAAUCUUGCCCAAUACAUCCAACCCAUGCUCAAUUUCCAUUCUCAGAUCAAGUCCCCUUUCCUCAUAAACGCAUAUCCUUACUUUGCCUACAAGGCCAACCCAAAAGAGGUCCCCUUGGAAUAUGUUCUUUUCGAGCCCAACUCAGGGAUGACCGACCCAAAUACAAAUCUGAAAUAUGACAAUAUGUUGUAUGCUCAAAUCGAUUCUGUUUAUUAUGCAAUCAAAGCGAUGGGGCAUUCAGAUAUCGAAGUCCGGAUUUCAGAAACGGGGUGGCCGUCCAAAGGAGAUUCUGAUGAGGCAGGGGCUACACCGCAGAAUGCAGGUAUUUAUAAUGGGAAUUUGCUGCAGAGGAUGGUGAAAAAUGAAGGUACUCCAAUGAAGCCUACGGUGCCCGUUGAUAUCUAUGUUUUUGCAUUGUUUAAUGAGGAUCUGAAGCCUGGGCCAGCUUCAGAGAGGAAUUACGGGCUAUUUUAUCCAGAUGGUACUCCAGUUUAUGAUAUUGGUUUACGUGUAUAUCUUCCACUAAUUUCAUCCGCUUCUAUGACUACAGCAAUGUCAGUUCUGGUUUUUCUUAUCCUGUUUGUGACCUUAGUGAUCUGAACUUCAAUGAAGGGACCUACAUUCUAACCAUGGAAGAUUGAACAGUAGGUCAUCGACAGUAAAAAAAUCAAUCUGCCUGGGGUCUCAGUCGGAAACACUGGAUCUAGAUAUCUCCUCUGAUUUCACUGGGAAGAGAUCUUUUCCAGGGGAGAGAGAUUACUUU